AUUUAGAAAUAAAUUCAAUAGUGAUCUAUUCUCUAACCAAAAGACAAUUAACUUUGAAGAUACAAUAUUUAUAACACGCUGGUUAUCAGCCCUCUUUAAUAAGUUAUGUAAGUAUGGAGAUAACGCUAUAGGAUCAAAGGUGCCUACGGAACAAGGGUGCAAGUUCUCCCCUACAUACGUGUUUUGACUAUCUCUCCUAAAAUUGAUUUUAAUUUUUUCAAGUUAUUGAAUAUCAGUUUAAGAUUUAAAUAAGUACAUUAAGCUACAUUUAAAUUUUUAUUUAAGUGCAGAUAAAAAUCAAAUAAACUAAAUGUUUUUUUUGUUUUUUUAAUGUUUUCAAUAUUUAUGCAUUAGGGAGGUGGGGGCUUUGUGUACAUACUUUAUAGAUGGCCCUUUGGUCAACAAACAAAAUUAUUUAUUUUGUGCUAGUUAUACAAUAUUUUGUAAUUCAUUAUUUUUAUUGUAUAUUAACAUUUAUGUGUAAUUUAUUUUUUUUAGCUAUAGAAUGUCUAAUAUAAAUAAAUAUUCCAAACUUAUAAGAGAGAAAAAACCAAAUCGUGACAUCAAUUUUAUAUAUGAUUCAUCUGACAUGACAGAGCAUGAGGAGGGUGAUGAAUCAGCGCAAGUUUAUCAUGGCAAACAAGACUUUCAAAAGGAAGCAAGACUGCUCCAAUAUCCUAUCUAUGAUUCAUCGAAUGACUUUUCUCUGCCAACAUUGACAGCAAAAAAAUUUAAACAACAAUAUAAAAAUUAUGUAAUAAACCAAAACCAGCAAGAUGUCUUGCAUAGUCUAUCUGAUAGCAGAAACGAUACUCUAUUUGUAGACAAAGAUCAAGGUGAGUCAUCAAAAAACUUUAACUAUAAAGGAGGUAGACCGUAAAAUCCUACUAACGAAACAUAUCCAAUGGAUAAUGCCACAUUUCAGCGUAAAAUAAUAAUGUCACAACAUCAGUUGAAAAUGAAAAUAACCAAGAUUGAAAAAACUGUCAAUAUGGCUGUUGGUCUUUUACAACAGCUUUUUGAUAAAGGUUCAAAUGUAGUUACGCUUGAUCAGGUUACCUUAAUGGACGACCUGAUAAAAUUCGAGAUCCAUCUUAAAGACAAUAUAAUAAAAGAAAAGUUAACGCGGAAAUUUGAAGCAAUGGGACCUGUCUGCAAAGAUUCAAAAGCGCAUUGCUAUGCAAUUUUAGAUUCACUUAUGACCGAGGAAGUGCAAUCUAAAGUUAAUGUUAUGUAUGGUAAUCACGUGCCAAAUAAAAAUUAUACUGACCAUUUGUCAUUAACACACGACUUGCCUUUGAUUUUUUUUUCCAUUCUCGUUAGUUUUAUGGAAGGCACCAGAAAAACUUUUGAAAUCCUUUUUGAGUGAAAGGUUGAAGCAAGGUAUGAGAAGAGCUCAUGCUGCCAAAAGAGAUUAAACUGUAUAUUCUUUAUUUUUUAUAUUUAGUUUUUUAGUUGGUAUAUUUAUAUUGUUAAUGGUAAAAAAGCUUGGAAG